GCUUGAGCUCGAGUUAAUCUCUCCGCUUACCUUUUGGAGAGAGAGAGAAAGGGGGGGGGAGCGAAGGAAGGAGACAACACUAUCGGCCAUGUCGUCGCUCCAAUUCUUCGCCCCCACCUCCCAAAACCCUAACCCUAACCCUAGCAAACCCAAUCCCCUCCUCCUCUCCUCCAAAAACCCUACCUCUUCCAAGCCCUCCUACCUCCCCUCCCUCUCCUCCUCCUCCUCUUCCUCCUCCGUAUCCUCCCGUACAUCCAACUCCACGCCUCCCAAAUCCCUCAUCUCCCCCCAAAACCCGAUUUUGAGCGCCACCCGUUUCCCCUCUCGCCCCCAGUCCCCCAAUUUCUCCGGGUUCCAGCUAUUUCGGCGGAGGAGGGGCCAUUGUACUCGGCGAAGCGGCGUCGGGGCACCGGGUGGUGAUGUUGGAGAGCGGCGGCGGCGGGAAUGGUGGCGGAGAAGGUGGCGGAGGAGGGGAGGACGAGGAGGAGGACGAGGAGGGUGAGAGGAAGAAGAAGGGGCUUCUUCCGGAGUGGAUUAGUAUAUCUACGGAGGACGCGAAGACCGUGCUCGCGGCGUUCGCCAUUUCCUUGGCUUUCCGGUCCUUCGUGGCUGAGCCGCGGUUCAUACCGUCUCUCUCAAUGUAUCCUACUUUCGAUGUUGGCGACCGCAUUGUUGCGGAGAAGGUUUCAUAUUAUUUUAGAAAGCCAUGUGUUAAUGACAUAGUAAUCUUCAAGAGUCCACCGGUGUUACAGGAAGUGGGAUAUACGGAUGAUGACGUAUUUAUUAAAAGAGUUGUUGCCAAGGAGGGUGAUGUUGUAGAGGUUCAUAAUGGAAAGCUAAUAGUCAAUGGAGAUGCGAAAAAUGAAGAAUACAUUCUUGAGCCUCCAUCUUAUGAUAUGAACCCUGUGCAAGUGCCUCAAAAUUCCGUUUUCGUGAUGGGGGACAAUCGCAACAAUAGUUACGAUUCGCACGUAUGGGGUCCUCUACCAUCCAAGAACAUACUAGGGAGAUCAAUAUUCCGAUAUUGGCCUCCGACUCGAAUCGGCAGCACAGUUCUCACUUGCGGCGAUUUAAAGACAAAGGAGAAUUCAUUGUUUGAUGUGAGGAUAACCAAGCAAUAGUUAGUAGACCAUGGAGCAAUGAAGAACGAAAAUGAUAACGAAAAUGCUGUAUUGUCUUGUAGCCUUUGAUCGAAAAAAAAAAAAAACCUUGUAAGUUGCUAAUUUAUUUCUUGGUCCUAAAAGGAUGGAAACAUAGAGGAUGUAGGUAGAGAAACCAUUUUGUCCUGGGGUUUCUCCAGAUUCCACUUUGUGGGACAAAAAAAUUUGUACUUCUAAUUCUCAAUUAUCAUAAUUGGUAUUAUUAUUAUUUAACAUUCCAAGAA